UGCAACAUCAAGCUGCUGGAAUUCUGACCCCUCUGCCCGACCGUGACGUGCAACCUCCAGAUGAAUGAACUGGCCAUUGGGUGAAAUUUGUCUGUAUAUUGGGAGUGAGGGAGCAGAGCAUGGACAGACAGACACCCACAGAGAUGCCAUGGUAGUGUGAAGUGCCUCCUACAGAAAUCCCCUGCUGGUUCAGCUGAUCUGUUUUCCAUGAAUUAGUGACUCUGGGGUACCACCACGCCCCUGUGCUGGAGGCGCCUUGCGGCAGAAUUCCAUUGAUGAAGUUGUGACUGCUACAGCCGCUCUCUUCCUGGCGUUUUCGCAGCCACCACAACACGGCACCAAGCCAAGGCCUGCCUAUGGGCUGCUGCACAUCUGGCCCAGGGAUGCCCCACUGGAGUCAACUCGAUCAUUCGCAUGUCAGGUUAAUUUGCGUAGAAAGAAUGUGGGGGGAAACCCCAGGAAACACACGGCCCAGGCUCUAAUCAAAUCUAACUCUAAUAAUAAACCUCUUGAGUAAUGAGCAGGCUCAGGGGCUGGAGCUCACAGUGAGAUGGCUGGAGCUGGGGGAGACUAGACUUGACCUGAGACAAGACUGAGGACACGCUUUCAGUGUGCCCAAGGUGGAAGGCUAUGACCAAUUGCACAGAGCAGCAGUACUGGGACAAUCUCCUGUGUCAAUGCAUCUCCUGCAGAGUUGCAUGUAAUCGGCCUAUUGUGGAGAGAUGCACUACCUUCUGCGCAUCAAUGGAAUGCAGCAAGCAAGUCGGAUUCUACUACGACGAGCUCUUGAGAAGAUGCAUCAACUGCUCGGGCAUCUGUGGGCAGCACCCAAGCCAAUGUCUCCAGUUCUGUGAGAAUAAACUAGUAACUACCUCAUCCCGAACGGCUGCGCUGGAGCAGAAGCUAGGCAGUGAUCAGGACCAAUGGUUGGUUGUCUACCUGCUGCUAGCGCUCUGCCUUUGCACCGUGAUCUUCUCUUUGCUGGUAGGCUGGACCCACUUCAAAAGGAGGGGAGCGGAGGUCUCCUGCCAGCCCACCCCUGGGACCUGCCACAAGAGAGAGGAUUCUUCAAAAGAUCACUUAGUGGAAGCGGGGAGCAUUGGAGGCGGAUCCACUGGGAGCAGACUACCAGAGCCUGUGGAAACCUGUGGCUUCUGCUUCCCUGAACAAGGGCCUGCCAUGCAGGAGACUAAAGCAUGUCACAGCUCCUUCUAUCAUCCUGGAGCAAGGGCUACAGCCUCACAGGCUGGGAUAUCCAGCACAGGAAGUGCUGGGGCUAUCCCCACCCCUGAGGAUGGCCAUUUCAAAAUCAUAUGCUCUCCAUCACAAGAGAAGACACCGAUGACAUGAACUCAUUGAGCAAUGCGGUGAUAAAGGAGAGAGGUAACACUCCCUGCAGUCAGAAUAAAGCUGCUUGCAUUUGAUCCUUGCUCUCCAUCUUUGGUAAAACACAACUGUACCUUGCCUGCCAGUCACGAUAGAAGCUACCUUCACACCAUGGAAACAGACUGUGGACAGUCACUAUUUUCCUCUACUAUGGAAAUAAAAUUCUCAUGAUUGUUAUGCACUCAC